UGGAACAAGGUGAAGAGAGUGAGAGACAAAGGGUGUUAGGGAGAAGGUGGAAUACAAAGAGGUUAGUAAAGAAAAACUGUGAACGUGGGGAGAAAACGAAGGCAGAAAAAAGAAAGCACCAGAGCCAACUAGGAGUCAUCAUUGAAAGGGGCUCUCAAGAUACAGACAAGUGACUGCAUUUCAGAAAAGGUAAAAACAUUUCAGGUAUCAAGAAUGUUCCUGGCAGGUUUGUUUGGCUGGAACGACACGGAAGGCACAGCAAUGAAGUUGGUUCCUAAAAGUAGCUCUGAGCUGGUCACAGAGACCUUGAUGCUGGAGCUGGGUUCCCAUAUCAAAAGAUCAGAAAGACAGCAGCGAGAACGGCUCAUUGAGUACCGAAGAGUAAAGAGCGGGGUGGACUACACAUGGCUUGCUUCCAUCCCCCGUCAGGUCUAUCAGAUCAGCCCAGGGGACCAACUAGAACUAAGGGACAUUUGCUCCAAAAUAACUCCAUCUCAGUGCGGUCAAGUCAUACUCAGGUUCCGAAGGCUAAUGCUGGAAUUUGAAUCAGAGGGAGCAGAGAUCCCACGACUUUUCCGUUCAGUCCUACAGGACUUUGUAGAUCAGGAGGAGGAGCGUAAAAAGCAGCAAGAUGUGCAUUGGGAUAAGCGGAGGAGAGCCAAGAGUUUGGCAACCAUAAGCUUUAAGCCCCCACGUCUACGGGUCAACCCUUUUCAAUUGGAGGACACAUAUGGCUCAGACACAGAGACUGAGUUAGCUGCAUCUGGGAGGGCAAGGAGCAAAAGUAUGCCUGAGUUUUGCACUACAAGAGAAGUGCAAUGAGCAAGCCUUCUAUGUAAAAAGGGCUACUUUAAGUGAAGUCUAAUUGACAUAUUUGCUAGUAAUUGUCUAAUUGCAUCGUGCUUACCAUUGUGCUUGCAUUGUGCAUUGUGCUUACCAUGCAAUCCAUGAUAUUCACCUGAAGGGCCCAAAUAUUUUACCAGCACAUACUAAAAAAACCCUGUGAAAUACAUGAUCAUAAUAUGUAUGCCUUUAAUGGGGGUGGGGCACAGUUUGGUGAUGGUCGGACUGUACAUUAAAGUUGAGACUCAAGGACUGCUAGAGAGAACAGACUCAGCAGGUAGUGGCAUUACCAAGAGUAUAGGAGGUGGGAUCCUGAUUGAAGCACUAUUUCAGAUUUUAGGUCUCACUGACAUAUACCAGACUCAAAGCAUCAUGUUGUGCAGCUAUGCCUGAUGGAGCUUGUAUUUUAAGUCAAUAGACUUA